AUCCGGAAGAGCAUGUAGAUGAGGAUGCAACAUUGAAGAAUGCUUGGAAACAAGAAGAAUACAUUGGUCUUGGCCGAAGCUUGAUCAUCCAAGACACCUUUACCAUCAUUCAAGCUACUCCACCUUCAAGCUGAUCAUCAUCUAGGCAAGUAGCUUGUGUGUGCUCUUUUCCUAACCUUUGGUUUUGUCCCACUGGGUUUUCCAAAGGAAGGUUUUUAACGAGGCCACAAGUCUACUUCUCCUAUCUCCUAGAUGAUUGAUCUUGGUCUGUCCACAUGAAGACCUUAUGUUAUAUUUUAUCCUAUGUUUUUAUGUCUUUGCUUUCGAAAACAUUUAGUCUUUAAGUUGGUCUUUGUUGUAUUUUCGAGAGGAGCCUUUGUUUUACUCCUUUCUUCUGUUUUCGAGAUGCUGUGCAUGUGCAGCCAUCUCUCCUAUAUAUUAGGCACGAAAUUGAGUAAUAAAAAAUCAUCUUUUCAGUCAAAAACUUGUGUUCGUAUUUGUGAAUUCUCUCUGAGAAAUUCUCUUGUUGGUGUGUAAUAUCCAGCAGCCCUAGGUGUCUAAGGAGGUGUGUCAUAUCCGAUCUAGCCAUCUAAAAGUGUCAAGGAGUCUCUUCCGCAACUCUUUGAAUCAUCCAUCGACCCACAUGCCUUGAGAAACUUGAGUCUUUUGAUUCGUUUCUGCAAGGAUUAUCCCAUCUGUUCCAGAGCCUUCCUAGGAUCGUAUCAAGUGGUAUCAGAGCAACUCUGGAAGGGAAGUGUUUGUCAAUCUCUCUGAUUUUCGUUUGGUCCAUUCAUAUUCUCCUGAGAUUGAUAGAUCUGUGUUUUUGUUGUUGAAAUCUGAUAAAUCUGAGAAUUUUGAUCAUAGAUCUGUUGUAGUUCUUUCAUAUUCUCUUUGAUUUUGUGAUAGAUCUGAUCAGGUUGUGAGAAUUUCGAAUUUUUUUCUUAAAUCUGAUCUGUUUUCUCUUUAAAAUUUAAACUUUUGUUUCUGUUGUGAUCAGAUUUGCUGUGAACUACUUACUGGCUGUGUUCUUUCUUUUGUCUCAGGUACAAUGGCAAGAGAUCAUGAAGGAAGAAUCAACACUGCCAAGACUGCUACUUUGCAGAAAAUUAUGAAAUUCAGAAUGGAACAGCAGCAGAUACAUGAGGAGCAUAUGCAGCAAAGGAGAAGCAGAUUAUCCAGAGAUGAGUACAAGCCAAGAGGGUAUGAUCAGUUGGAAAGAAACCAGAAGCAUGCUGUUGUUAUCAAAGACACUCCACAACAAAGAAGGUUUGAAAGAGACAAGUGGAGCAGAGAUUGCAGCCAACCAUCUGAGACAAAGCUCUAUCCUUCCAUCUCAAGUCAGAAACUAGAAGACAGUAGGAGAUCUCGUCCAUCCACUGGAAUUGUUUCAACCAAGAAGAAACCAAUCUGUGCCAGCAAGGAGAAGACAGUCUCUAAACCAUUUAGAGGAGAUAAACAAUAUUGUUUAUUCAGUGAAAAGGAUAAGGAGGCUUUGUUACAAGUAAUGAUGGAUGUGGAGAGGCAAUUCAAAAGGAGCAACAAAACACGUGCAGCCAUUGAAACACAGCAUCAGGAACCAGCUACUACUGUCUCAGAUCUCAAAGAUACAGAACCAGAAUCAGCUGCACCUAUUCAAGAAGAUCAAGCCAAAGUAUCAUCUCCUAUCAAUCAGAAAGAAGAGCAACCAGUUCAGGACAUCAUGGUUCCUUUCAUACAGACUGUAGUAGAAGAGGAGACACCCAAGGAACCACAAGCAGACCAUGGAAUGAUGCAACUGAUUGUCUUUGAUCCAUCUGAUUUCCAAAGGACAUUCUUGGGUACUUUUCUAAUCAAUCCUUUUAUAUGGAGCAAGACUAGAGCUGUGGAGCUUUCAAGACACGAAUUGGGCUUGAAGAAUGUUGUAUUUGAGCCUGGAGGAGAGUUGUGGCAUCACAGGAACAACACCAUAAUGAUUGAGAAGAAAUCGGUAGCAACAACACUUGAUUUUGGUGAUCUUUUACUUUCUGGAGAUAAGGUGUUGCACGUCUCAGGUCAGCAAGAGUUUCAUUAUGAAACCAACUGGAGAAUUUUACCCACUCAGUCCUUGAUCCAACGAACCAGACCACGCAGUAAAUGGCCACCUGAUCUUCAAGUUAUUACCAGUUUGGCAAAAUAUGUCGGUUUGGAUCAGUUCCAAGAGAUGUUUACAUGUGAUUGGGUUGGAAGAUUACAGACCUACUUGUGGAAACCUGGAGCAUAUUUCAGCAUAUUUAUCUUCCUUGGAGAGCAUUCUGCUCGUGCUAGAAUCAGCUGGGGUCAUAAGGAGUUGCAACCUGAUCAUAAUGUCUUGCUUCUCGACCAUGUCAAGAUAUGGAAGCCACCAGAUAUGCAGCAGCUUCAGUACCCUUGCAGAGACUAUCAAACCAUGAUUGGAGAUGAAGGAGUUACUGGAGAAAUUGGUAAAGUGAUCACUGGACCAGGAGAAGAACUCAUGUUUUCUUCUCAAAUCAAGGAGAAACCACCAGAUCAACUUAUCCUACAACAUACUCCAAAGAAACCAACCCGAGGUAUCCAUCUAAACUCAAAGAAAAAUAUGAUACCUGAUUUGCUUGCUGUUGGUACAGGUCAAACUGUUUUGAGGUCUACAUUUUUCGAAAAGAGGGGCUAUAACUAUCAGGGUAUCAAAGAUGAGUCCUUGGCUAAGUUGGAGAUGCAACAAGCAAACCUUGAAAGCUGUUUAGCCGCCAGUCUUGACAUAGGAGCAGUCCGAGGACCAUAUCUCAACAACCACAAGGAAUUAUUCAACAAACUCGACUGCUAUGGAAACUUAACUCAUGAGGGUCUCAGGUCGAAUUGGAAUCGUGUCCAAAGCUUCUCGGGUGAAAGAGUUAUGGGUUCUACAAGUCGGGUGAUUCUGUGUGUGCUUUGUUUGAACUUUUCUGAGUUUAGAACAUCUCAAUCCUAUCUAUGGCGACCAGGUGAGCAUGCUAAGGUAAGUGAUCAUAUUUUCAGUAAUUCUUUUAUUAUUGAUUACACAGACAUGAUGCACUUGUUUUUGUCAAAAGAGCCAUGUGCAGAUUAUAAGGAAGCUUGGAAGCAAUCAAGGAAAAAUAACAAGCAUGAGGAAGACAAUCAGUUCAAGCCACCUGAUCUGAACAAGAACCAACAUGUCCCUGGCUUUAUCAUCAUCAAAGAAGCACCUCCAGAUGCAGCAUACAAACCAGAACCAAGCAGAAACAAAUUUGGGAUAAAACUCUUACUCUUUGAUAAAUUUUUAUGUGCUAACUUGUUUUGUUUUAUUGCAUCAGGAGUAAGGAGAGCUAACUGGAUCAGUGUUUCCUCUAUAUCCGAAUCUAACAGCAACAAUGCCUAUCUAAGAGGCUUUCAAGGUAAAACAGAUUUGAGGACAAAUCUUUUUGAAGAGGGAGGGGAUGAUGUGAUCAUGGGAAGCACCAAGGAACGGAAGCAUGAACCUGAACCUGAACCUGAAGAGCUUGUAGCUGAGGAUGCUACAUUGAAGAAUGCUUGGAAACAAGAAGAAUAUAUUGGUCUUGGCCGAAGCUUGAUCAUCCAAGACACCUUUACCAUCAUUCAAGCUACUCCACCUUCAAGCUGAUCAUCAUCUAGGCAAGUAGCUUGUGUGUGCUCUUUUCCUAACCUUUGGUUUUGUCCCACUGGGUUUUCCAAAGGAAGGUUUUUAACGAGGCCACAAGUCUACUUCUCCUAUAUCCUAGAUGAUUGAUCUUGGUCUGUCCACAUGAAGACCUUAUCUUAUUUUUAUAGCUAUGUUUUUAUGUUAUUUAGUUUUCGAAAACUUGGUCUUUGUUUAGUUUCCAAGGGAGCCUGUUCCCUUUAUUUUUAUUUCAAGUUUCGAGACCUUGUGCAUGUACAAGGCUUCUCCUUUAUAUUGUGGUCGUGGCCCUCUUGUAUUAUCAUCCAUCUUUUUAUCAAAAACCUUUGUUUUCUCUUUU